GUCAAUGCAACUCGCCAUCCUGUCUGGGCAUCUCUUGCCCGUGACUACCUCUCCAUCAUGGCGUCCUCUGUCUCAAGUGAGCGAGCCUUCUCCUCGGCAGGGAUCACGAUUAGCAAGCGACGGAACCGGCUAAAAGGUGACAUUGUCGAAGCACCGCAAGGUUUGAAAUGUAUGAUCCGGCAGGAGCUU